GGGCGCGCGGCGCUGGGGGCCACCUGGGGGCGCGCCUCGGUUCACCUGCGCGGGGGCCGCGGCGCAGGGCGCGCAGCUGACCCGGGUCCCAGCACCCGGCCGGCGCCUCGGGCUUCCGCCGGGUCAGCUGACUGCUUAGUGCGGAACUGCGCGCCCCGCCGGGCUGCCCGCCGCCGCCGCGCUGGGUGCUCCGCGCUCGGUGCUCCGUGCUGGGUGCUCCGCGCUCGGUGCUCCGCGCCCCCACUCGGUGCUCCGCGCCGCGCGUCCGUCCGGUCGUCAUGGCCGGGCUCGUGGUCAGUGGAACUCAAGUGUCCUACAUAGGCCAGGACUGCAGAGAAAUUCCAGAGCACCUUGGCAGGGACUGUGGACAUUUCGCAAAGAGGCUUGAUCUGAGCUUUAACCUUCUGAGGUCACUGGAAGGACUGAGCGCGUUCGGGAGCCUGGAGGAACUCAUCCUGGACAACAAUCUGCUGGGGAACGACCUCGUGUUGCCAGGGUUACCCAGGCUCCAUACCUUAACCCUGAACAAGAACCAGAUCACUGACUUGGAGUGUCUGCUUGAUCACCUGGCAAAAGUGACACCAGCUUUGGAGUACCUCAGCCUGCUGGGUAACGUGGCAUGUCCCAACGAGCUGGUCAGCUUGGAAAAAGAUGAGGAAGACUACAAGAGAUACAGAUGCUUUGUUCUGCACAAGCUGCCCAAUUUGAAGUUUCUGGAUGCCCGGAAAGUAACCAGACAAGAACGAGAGGAAGCUUUGGUCAGAGGGUCAUUCAUGAAGGUGGUGAAGCCCAAAGCUUCCAGUGACUGCGUCACGGCCUCUCCAGAGCACCACUAUACACCCCUGCCUUCUGCUUCCAGGGAUCUCACGAAUCACCGAGGUGUCCUGGGGAAAUGUCGCUAUGUUUACUAUGGGAAAAAUUCCGAGGGCAACAGGUUUAUCCGAGAUGACCAGCUCUGAUGGCAAGUUCUGUAUGCUUUAGCCUAUGUCAUGAGAAUAAAAGAAAAUGGGCAAGUAAAAAUAAAGAAGAAACUGAAGGAAAAAAAAAAAACAAACAAUGGUCCACAUUGCAUCUCUGUGGGAAGGCUAUGACUUCAGCUUUUGGUACCUUCUGCUGACUUUGCCAGGCCUGUCAAGAUCAUCCUUCUGCCUUAGACUGAGUGGUCACAUAGAGAUUGACAUGAUUGCCCUUAAGCAGGUCUCAUCCACUAGGGUGACAGACAGCGGCAGCGAAGCACCAGGGCUGACAGGAGGAACACCAUGAUAGAUUGCCUGGUCCCUCCACUGCUCACAGGGGAGCAGAGGUCACACCUGGGGCCUCCCUGAGCAUGCUCACUGGCCAUAGUCAAGCGAGAGAGACUGUGUCUUCAACCUGCCUAUUGAGUAGAGAUCCUUCUGAUGCCAUUGUGCUGUGGGCUUAUUUUUAGUGAAAUAGUCACAAUUUAGAGGAAGGUUACCCUCCCUGAUUCACCUUAAAUUUUAAUCCCUUCUCUUCUGCACAGCCCUUUCUCUCCCCUACCCCCACAACAUACACCAUCCUUUAGCAGCUUUGUUACAGGCAGUGCAUUCUGGUUUGCAGUUUUUCAGAGAAAAGGAGGUAUCCAUUCUCAGCCAGGUCAUACAUUUAUGGCUGGCUUUGUGUUGUUAUAGGUCCUGGAUUGAAGUAAAUAGCUUUCCCUAAAUCCCUAACUGCAAAAGCAUGGACUCCCUCUUGUUUUGUAUAUUUCUAAAUCCACUUCUUGCCCUGAAUAGUAGGCAGUGUCAGGCAUCUUUCCCAGCACCAAGCUCCGGUUGUACCAAGGACUCUGAUUUAAGCAUGUAUGUAUUUAUUUAUUUUUAACCACACACAUGUCCAGCUAUGCCUGUGGCUUGCUCCUGGGGGUGCUAUUUAAAGAUAGUGAGGGGAUGAAAACAGAAUGUUGGGUCAGGAAGUUAAAGAAAGGACCGCAGAAAACACCCACCAGACCAAGCAGUUUUUAUUUUUUAUUUUAUUUUUUUUAAGAUCUUAUUUAUUUAUUAGAGACACAGAGAGAGAGAGAAAGAGGCAGAGACACAGGCCGAGGGAGAAGCAGGCUCCAUGCGGGGAGCCCAACAUGGGACUCCAUCCUGGGUCUCCAGGAUCACGCCCUGGGCUGAAGGCGGUGCUAAACCACUAAAGCACGGGGGCUGCCCCCAAGCCGUUUUUUUUUUUAAAUAAUAAAUUUAUUUUUUAUUGGUGUUCAAUUUGCCAACAUACAGAAUAACAUCCAGUGCUCAUCCCAUCAAGUGCCCCCCUCA